GUGUGCGAGCCGAGAACUCAUGGCAGCGGACUAUGACGGCUCGUAGAUUUGACAGCUAGCUCAAUGCGGGCUCAGACGUUCAUUAUACCGCGACCGAUGUAAUUUUCGUGAAAUAUUUGACGUUUGUACAUGUGCGACAAAGACAAUGGUGUUGUGAUGCGGAUGCGUGCAGUGAUUUCGGAGUGCCCGCGAAAAAUACGGAACUUGUCUGAUUAGACUAUGACCUGUUUGUCGAUUGAUUUGUGACAUGACGAACCCCGUCUUAAGGAGCUUUUACGAUGCUCGUAAUUAGAUGCGGCUCGUUAGACAGCGUUUUGGGGAUCUUCGACAUGAAUAAAAAAUCGCUUGUGGUUUUAUGGCAUCAAAUACACGGAACGGAUAUAAUCACUGCAACAGACCACAAAUAAAAUUUUCAAGAGACUAUUCAAAAAUAAUGAUGGCAAAACAGAGGUGAUAUAUAAUUAUUGUAGGAACUAUUGGCAUUAAACACAAAAUUUAUUUUGUGAUGAAGAUAUGAUGUAAAUGAAUCUAUUUUUAUACGAACAGUGCAUUUCAUUAGUGAUAACAACAAACAAAGUGAUAUUUUAUGAUAGCAAUUCAAAAUAUUUUUACACUUUACGGAUAUAUUUAAUUGAUACGUCGAGUAACCGAUGAGGAGACACCGUCCGUUGCCAUCGCGUGAGCCGCUUGUGAUACCAAUCGCUGUUGUGUAGUGAAUGGAAUCCGAAGUGUGUGUGUGGUGACAGAACAGUGAUAGUGUCGGCCCUAGUGGCCGAGAAUCUGCGACGGAAGAUACGGACGUGAGCCGCGCGGGCUGCGGGCCCGCGAUGAGCGCUAACAGUUGCGAUAAUAUGACAUAUUUCUCUAACGGAUACAUGCCAGAUAUGAGGAACGGCGGCGGUCAUGAUCACCAGCAAGCACAUGCGCACUAUGGCGCGGUGCCACAACAAGGGCAUGAGAUGGAGGGCUGCGACCAGCAGUUAAGGCCUGCGCAACACCAUUACCCCGCACAACCGGCGCCUGGGAUGCCCUACCCGAGGUUUCCACCCUACGACCGAUUGGGCUAUUACCAGCAGAUGGAACAGAAUGGCUAUCGGCCGGACAGUCCAUCACAAAUGGGGCAUAUGGGUCCUAAAACAGACGGUUACGGUCCGAACGGACACCAACCUGCAGCGCCUGCGGUGUACACGUCGUGUAAGCUGCAGGCGGCGGCGGCGACAGCAGGCGGGGUUCCUGGGAGUCCUCCCUUGGAGCAAGCGCAGCAAAUCCCCCACCACAUGCACCCGCAGCAGCAUAUGGUGCAGCACGGCGUGCCGCCACACCAACAGCACCUCAUGUACCCGGUGGACGACAUGCAGCAUCAGACGCAGAUGCCCCCGAUGCAUCAGCAGUCGAUGCACGCGCAGCAGCCUCCCCCGCAACAGCCCCCGCCAAACACCAACGCGUCGCUGCCAAGUCCACUUUACCCCUGGAUGCGGAGUCAAUUUGAGAGGAAACGGGGACGACAAACAUACACGCGGUACCAGACGCUCGAGCUAGAGAAAGAGUUCCACUUCAACCGGUACCUGACGCGAAGGAGAAGGAUCGAGAUCGCGCACGCGCUCUGCCUCACCGAACGACAGAUCAAGAUCUGGUUUCAGAACCGCCGCAUGAAGUGGAAGAAAGAGAAUAAGACCAAAGGCGAGCCAGGGUCCGGUGACGAGCCGGACAACAUGAGUCCGCCGACCUCGCCGCAGUAAAGGCCUUUAGUUUGUCGUGCGGUCCGGGAGGACCUCCUUGUUUCCGAUAGAAGAAGUAUCCGUGCCCAAUUUAUUUACGAGUUAAAUUCGGCUACGAUGAAUCUGAGACUCAGGAUUCACCGAUCGAAGUUACUAGAACAGUUUAAUUUGUAUAAAUUGUAUGUUGGACUUUUCAUGAUAAUAUUACAUUAUAACUAAUACGUAACCUAGUGAUUUCGAAUAAAGAGUAAUGAUAAUGUGACGAAGAGAUUUUUACAGUUGUUAAGUAUAAAUUAAUUUAUAGAACAAUCUCAAUACCAAUAAUUACCAAAAACGCAGUAUGUAAUGGUUAGUAAACUGCAUCGACAUUAUGUGAUUAUAUAUUAGUUGAGUAGUGAUCAUUUUGGAACAGCAAUCGAUUACGAUUGAUCGUCAUGAUUUGAUUUUUUAAACAAAGUGCUUGUUAUUUUGUAUUUAUUGAUUAAUUAUUUUUUACUGAUUGGUUUCAUUCUGAUCUGAUUACUUUCCACUUGAAAUAGCUAUUCAGAAGUAUUUAGUUUAUAUUCUGAAUCGAGCACUUUGUUCCAAAAUUCCUUCCUAAUUAUUUUGAAUCACAAAACCAUAAGGACCUCUUAUAAUUAACCAUUGAUAAGAAGGCAAUUAGUAUCCAUAUUGUUAUUAUUUAAUAUAUUUGAUGUUUUAUUUCUAAUUAAGCUAUUAAAUUACUAUUUUGUACAUAUACGAUAAUUUUUAGAACUUAUGAUGUACAAUUGUUUUAGUGUGAAUAAUAUAAUUGAGAUUAAUUUGAGAAACAACGAUUAGUUCAUGUUUUGAUUCUGAUAUGAGUUUCUUGUGUAGUUCUUUACUGAUUUUAUUACCUUUGAUUCAAUGACAUAAUUUGUAGUUGGAGAGGCCAGUUAUACAAGUGCAAUGUAUACGAUUUUUCGAUGACACAUAUACGUAAUUAAUAACUGAUAAUGUAAACGUCAUAGGAGAUUUAUAAUUAUUGUAAAAUGUUACGAAAAUGAAAACUAUAAUUUAGAAAAUACUUAUCGAGAUUCCGAAUAUUCUUUGAUGAACUUCUAUUACAUCGACAAAAUGAAUGUAGUGCCAUUCAAAGGAAAACGUAAAAGACAACUCGGACUUUAAACUUGGAAAGUUAAACCACUUGAUUGUGUGUAUACAAACGAAACUAUGGUUACCUUCAAUCAUGUAGGUGCAGAGAAACUUAAUAGUUAAUACUUUUUAUUUGAGUCUCACGGAAUGUAUGUGGUUAUAUGUACACAGUAUACCAAAGUUAGGAAAUAAAAACUGGUUGUUCAUUGUUUACAUAUAAUUGAAGCUAACUAAAGGUGCGACGGACAAAACCAUGUUACGUCAUCUUUUCAUAUAGAUAGUCUCGCCGAGAUAUCGUUUUAAAACGUAUUUUUAUAAAAACAUUGCCUAUGGAAUCCGAUAUACGUAAAUAAUAUCGAGUUGAAUUAUAUUUAAUCGUAACACGGUAGUUUUACGAAUAUUAAGAAAAAUAAGAGUGAAAAUCGGGAGGUUGAAUUCAUCAGGAUCCAGGUUAUACGUUUAUUAAACUGAUUGUAAAUUAUUUUUCACAUAGAUCUUAACUAGAGAAUGUUUGCUAGGUACAGUGAGCCGGUUUCAGUUUUAUAAAUACUUUUUUUUAUUUUGUGCUGUGUUCGUUAAGUCUGUAAAUUGUAAUAAUUGUAUAUUGUCGAUAUAUUCAAUAUUUAUUUAUUAAUUCGCAUAAUUAGGUUCGCUUACUUAUUUUUCUUCAAUCGAGUUACAUUUUGCUCGAUCGCUGUCUGGCUGGGAUGCAUUUUUGUUAAUAUUAUUUGAAUUUUGCUCAAAUCUCAUGUUUGUGUUGUAAAUUUAUUUCUAGCAAUAAGGAUUGUUUUAACUUUAUAUACGAUUAUACUAUAGUUUACAUUAUUUACCACUCUGUCCUCACAUUCUUCAUGCCCUUUGUCUUGGAGGUAAAAUUUUGAUCCCUUGCCAGAUGGAAACCUCGACUUUGUAAAAUUACGAGAUUAGGUUUACAUAAAAAUUAUAAUUUAGUUUCGAUUGUUAGUACAACAAUUGUCCUCAUUAUCGGAAUUUGGAUCUAAAGAGAAAUGGGAGCCUAAUUUAAAUGAUUUUUAUUUACCAUUUUGUCCUAUCGAUUCAAAAUUUAUGAAAUAUAACUAUAAUUAGUAACUUAAUAAGGUUAGGCGAGACGAUAUUGUCAUAAAUAUAUAAAUACAUGAAAUUAAUAAAGCAUAAUGAUUGUAA